UGUGUGUGUGUGUGUGUGUGUGUGUGUGUGUAGGCCUGGGUAUCCAUCUCCUCCUCAUGUUAUCUCCAUGGUUCUGUCUUCAGUGGCCACUCGCUAUCACGAGAGGAGCAGGCCAAAUACUACGAGCUGGCGAGAAAGAGCGGCAACUGCACUCACAGCUUUACCCCGGAUGUCAGCCCGCGAUAACUACGGAAAGCGGAAAAAGAGGAAGAGAGAUAAUAAGCCAGACUCAACACCAGAGGCAUAUGAAGUUCAUUGCUAAUGGUGGCAGACUUCUCCAUCAGGAACAAGAAGCAGUGCGUGCAGUACCUGCCCCCGGAGAAGAUGUGCGACAGCCCCGCCUCGUCCCACGGCAGCAUGCUCGACUCCCCGGCCACGCCCUCCGCGGCGCUGGCCUCCCCGGCCGCCCCGGCCGCCACCCACUCCGAGCAGGCCCAGCCCCUCUCCCUCACCACCAAGCCCGAGGGCCGCGUGCACCAGCACCACCACCACAACCACCACCACCACCACCACGUGGCCCACCACCCCCACCCCCACCACCACCACCACUUCCCCAUCUCCGGGAGGGCCUCGUCGUCCCUCGACGUCCUCGUCGUCCUCGUCGCCGUCCUCCUCCUCCUCCUCCUCCGUCCCGAUCGGCAGCUCCGGGAGCCAGCCCACCGCCACCCCCGUCCUGAGCCGCCCCAUCCCGUUCGCGUCCCCUCCACCCCUCCAUGCUGUCCCCGCCGUCGCCCUUCCACCAGGCCGCCCUCCACUCGCACCACGCCCUGUUCCAGUCACAGCCCCUCUCCCUGGUCACCAAAUCAAAUGACUGAACGAAAUGAUCCGCCCGCCCCUUGCCUCAUGUAUUGUGCUGUACAUUGCUAUUUCUUUGAAAUAGGCCAUUAGAUUUGUUUGUUUUUAUUGUUUUUCUAAAUAACGGAAAUGAAGAAUUACUCUUGGUCAAUAUUUGACCGCGUCCUUUUCCACACCCUCGCAACGAAACAAAGUGUAUUUUUUUGUAAAGUUUACUGCAGAACUGUUCUUUGUUGAUGCAUUUAUCCAAUGAACCUCUUGUAUAAAAGAACCGAUGUACAUAAAGUUUCUUUAUAAAAAAAAAAACAUUAAAAAAAGGAACAAAAAAUGUCUUCUCUUUUUAGCCAAAACUUGAUUAAUGUUAGUAUUAAAUUGAAGUCAUAGUGCUGGCCAAUAAUUGCAGCCCCCCUUUUCAAUUUGCAAGUGUGUGCCCUUUUUUUGACAUGUUAAAUAAACAUUUGAAAUGGUUUCCUAAUACAAA